AUGGGUACCUUCGAGAACAGGAAACCACACCAUAGGGGAGGAGUAGAGGAGCUCUACAGACAGAGUGCGAGUUCAACCCACGCCAUAGGGGAAGAGAGAGAAACAUCGGAGAAGAACACAGUACAGCUCGCAAAGGUGUGCUUGUUCUUGGUCCAGCUGCGUAUAGGUAAAGCUGGGAUUGGACAGCGCAUUGGAGUUCUACUGUUGGGUUGA